AUGGAUUGCCCACGCGGCAGUGAUCAGUACUUUGGACCUCAGGUCGACCCUCGAUGUAGACCAUUCGACUUCACUCUGCUGUUCGAGGACAUCUUUUUUGUCUGCUUGCCGGCUGUUUUAUUUCUCAUUCUUGCACCCAUACAGAUAUGGGGUCUGUUCAGGAAGCGAGCUGCGUUUUCCGUGAGAUCAAGAGCUCUCCGGCGAUGGAAAUCGAUAGCUUUUGCCGCUAUUCUUGUGGUACAAGUCAUUUACCUUGUCUCUAGAGCUCAAUAUGCCGAACUGCGAACUAGAGUAUCGCUUCCCGCGGAUAUCUUGAGCUCAACAGCUACGGUGGCAGCAUUCUUCCUGUCUAGGGCAAGCCAUGGACGAUCGCUUCGUCCUUCAACAGUCCUUGACCUGUAUCUAUCCCUGUCAAGCGUCUUGAAUAUUGCGCGGACAAGGACCCUGUGGCUGCUAGCCGCUGGCAGCCCAGUCCCGAUUCUCAUGACUGUGAAUCUCUCUCUCACGCUAUUUGCCCUUCUAUUGGAGUCUGUUGAAGAGAGAAAGCGUCUUUCAAAUGGCUCACCAGAGGAGUUUAGCGGAAUCUGGGCCAGAAUCAGUUUUUCUUGGCUCAUCCCAUUGCUCAAAACAGGCUAUGAUAAAAUUCUUUUGCAAGAUGAUUUACCUAAUCUUGAUACUAGGCUUCAAAGCAGGUUGCUGCGUCGCCAGUUGAUCACAACUUGGUCUAAAUAUGACCCAAAGGCUCGACAUAGCUUAGUGAAAGCAUGUUUUCGUACCCAUCUUUCAACUUUACCUUCUGCCAUGAUUCCAAGAUUGUGUGUCACAGCAUUCACUUUUGCUCAGCCCUUUCUAGUUGAGACUACCAUCAGAUUCGUUGGCGACAAGAACGCCGAGCCCUAUCACGGAAGGGGACUGAUUGGCGCAUGGGGUCUUGUGUAUUUGGGCAUUGCGUUGUCAAGAUCUUUAUACAAGUAUGAGACGUCCAGAUUCAUCGCUAAACUAAGGGGAGGCUUGAUUGCCCUUGUGUAUCAACGAUGCCUAAGUAUUCGCGCCGCCGACGAGGGAGAUAUAUCUGCCGUCGCCCUAAUGGGCACCGAUAUUGAACGUAUAGCUAGUUCCAUGCAGCUUCUUCAUGAAACCUGGGGCUCUCUUAUUGAUAUAGCAAUUGCAUGCUGGCUGCUAGAGAGGCAACUUUUUCUAGCAUGUCUUGCUCCAAUUGCUCUCGUGUUAGUCUUCAUCACCAUUACCUCGCAAAUCUCGGUUGCUACCCAGAGUGCACAAGUAGCGUGGAUAGAAAAAGUCCAAGAAAGGCUGCGUGCGACCACUUCUUUGCUUGGAGAUAUUAAAGCUAUCAAGAUGCUUGCAUUGCCGCAAGUCGUAUCGAGACUAUUGACCAAUCUCCGAGCAGACGAAAUCAAGACGUCGAAAACGUUCAGAGAGCUUCUCGUUGCCACAUUAAUGCUCUCACUCACACCCAUGAAUCUCGCUCCAGCUGCAACAUUCGCUGUCUACGUUAUCAUAUCCGUCUUCUGGACCCACGGAUCCUUAUUUACGACUCAAGCCUUCACUUCACUAGCUCUAAUAGGCUUAUUGACAGGCCCUGUGAUAGUUUUCAUCCAGUCCCUGCCCCAGGUUCUGCAGUGCGUGGGAUGUUUUGAUCGAAUCCAACAAUACUGCAAUUACGCAGACAUUGCUCUCAAAGACGAGAACUACUAUGAACCCGGCCACGUUGACCUACGCGAUGAAUCCGAAAUUCACCUCCUGUCACCGGAUGGUCCUCCCGAGCCUUUUGAUGCCCCGCAUGACGAUACAAUCUCCUUGCACAGUCAGGGCUUUAAAUGGAGCAAAAAUGGUCCAGUCAUACUCAAGGACCUUAAGCUUGAUAUAAGUCAAGAAUCCAUUACUGCAAUUACUGGGCCAGUAGGAAGUGGUAAAUCGUCAUUGAUGAGUUGCAUUCUGGGUGAACUGAUCGACACAUCAUCCCCAGAGGGUCGACCGAAAGUAUCUCAGCAAUACUGCAAACAUGUAGCAUACUGCUCUCAGCAGCCCUGGCUUGAAAACACAACCAUUCGCAACAACAUACUCAGCUCAUUACCAUAUGAGAAGAGAUGGUAUGAUGAGGUCAUCUCUUCUUGCGGCCUCAAUGCCGAUCUGAAACGCUUUAAAAAAGGAGAUAAAACGAACAUUAGCAGCAGAGGCCUCAACCUGAGUGGUGGGCAAAAGCAACGCAUAGCCCUAGCUCGAGCCAUAUACGCAAAGAAACCGAUAGUACUUCUCGACGACGUAUUCAGCGGCAUGGAUGCCCAUACCAUUGAUGUUGUCUCCUCCCGCUUGCUUGGACAUAUAGGCCUUCUUCGCAGGCAGCGGGCGACUGUCGUAUUGAGUACUCAUAAUCGCAAAAUUAUGGCGCUUGCGGACACGAUCAUCAUCCUUGAAGACGGGAAAAUCAUUGCAAAAGACACUUCGGCUUCCUUGCUUCAGAGCAACGGCUACGUCAAUAAACUUGGAUUGCAGCCCACAGAUACUGGAGAUGUCACUGAAACUGCCGAGGCCUCGAAAUUGCCGACAGCGGAAGAGGUUUUCGAUAUAGCUGCCGACGUCGCCAUCAACAUCUCUGAAGAGACGGGUGGCAAGCAUGCUGAUAUUCGACGUAAAAAAGGCGAGCUCUCAGUGUAUGCAUACUACCUUGCCAGCUCUGGCUGGUAUUUUGUUGCUCUGUAUAGUGUUGCUGUUGUCGGGUGGAUCUUUUGCAUCGAAUUCUCGAAUAUAUGGAUGAAGUGGUGGUCCGCUGCCAAUGCUGAAGAGCCGGACAAGGAUAUCUGGAUAUAUCUUGGCAUCUACGGCCUUCUUGGUAUUCUCGGCACGAUAAGUGGCUGUAUUUGCGCUUGGGCGGCUUUCAUUUCCAUCAUAUCGCGGUCAGCUGCUCAGCUACAUUCGAAUCUUUUGCAAGCAACACUAAGGUUCAGCAGAGAUAUGGAGCUUAUAGACAUGGAACUACCUAGCAAUAUGGUCAAUUACACUUCCACCCUGGUCUUAUGCAUAGCCAAAGUCGUCAUCCUUGCCAUUUUUACUCGAUAUCUAGGAGUGACAAUUCCUUUCUUUGCCAUCUUUAUCUAUUUCCUUCAGAGCUUCUAUCUGCAAACGUCACGCCAAAUCCGACUGCUCGCUAUAGAGGCUCAUGCACCGCUGUUUACCCAUUUUAGCGAAUCAAUUGCAGGAGCAGUAACCAUCAGGGCGUUCGGAUGGCAGUCGUACCACCAGGAACGCAAUUAUCGCCUCAUUGAUGCUUCGCAGCGACCUGUCUAUCUGCAGAGCUGCAUCCAGCAUUGGCUUAGUUUUGUGCUUGAGAUUAUGACUGCUGUGUUGGCAGUUCUUCUCGUCUCUACAGUCCUUAUUUGGAAAGACAGGUUUAGUCCUGGAAGCGUUGGCGUGAGUCUCAUCACUGUUAUUGGAUUCAGUGAAGUGCUGGUGCGACUUGUUCAAACUUGGACGACCUUGGAACCAAGUAUUGGCGCAGUGUCAAGAGUCAAACGCUUCGCAGAGGAAACAGAGACGGAAGAUCGAAGUGAAAAGGGAGUAUACGUGCCAGCUACAUGGCCACAGGCUGGCGUUAUUGAAUUCGCAGGUUGGACCGCAUCUUAUGGUAUCGCAACGGAUUCCAAACCAGUACUAAACGGCGUAUCGUUACUGAUCGAAUCUGGGCAACAUGUCGCAAUAUGCGGUCGAACAGGCAGCGGCAAAACUUCUCUAAUACUUUCCCUUUUACAGAUGACUGAGAUUGUCGAAGGCAGUAUCUCGGUAGACGGCGUGGAUCUUUCGACUCUUACCUGUGCGGAAGUGCGCUCACGUAUUAAUGUUGUGCCACAAGAUCCCUUCCUGAUGCCAGGCACCGUUCGCUUCAACGUUGAUCCCUUGAACGGUGCUUCAGAUGAGGACAUUGUUCGCGCGCUUGAGGAUGUGCGAUUAUGGACCAUGAUAGAUGAGCAGGGUGGGUUAGACAAGGAGUUGGAUCUAUCUUCUUGGUCUGCUGGCCAGAAGCAGCUUCUUUGUUUUGCGCGGGCAAUGCUGAAAAGGAGCAAGAUUCUCAUCUUGGAUGAAGCAAUGAGCAGCGUCGAUAAUGAGACAGAGACCAUCAUGCAGGAAAUCAUCGACACGCAAUUCAAGGAAUGCACCGUCCUUGCAGUGAUGCAUCGCCUACAGCAUAUUCGCCGCUACAACAAAGCUGCCGUGUUUGGGGACGGCAAGCUUUUGGAGUAUGACGAUCCCAAAAUCCUUUUGUCUGGAGACACAAAUCUCGCAAAGCUUUAUUCUUUUUAUGAAGGUUGA